AUGCACACGAGGGCUCUGCGCACCACCUACUUCCCGCGCGGCAACAGCGGCAACAGCCACAGAGACAACUGGCAGCGCUUCUUCAGACGCGGUUUCAAUCCACACCCCAACCACCUCCUAUACAGCGUUAUGGGGGCGAAUGUCGCCGUGUAUGCUCUCUUCGUAUUGAGCGAUGCUCAGUGGAAACGUUUCAACGAUCCACGCUGGAUGCGCUUUAUGUUGAAGAACUUUACAGCGAGCUGGUACAACCUCUCUUCAGGACGCUUACACACACUGCUCACGUCCAGUUUCCUGCACACACGCGUCGAUUCACUCAUUUUCAAUAUGCUCACUUUCUACUUGAUGGCUCCGCACGCAAUUGCUAUGCUAGGUGCGCGCACUUUCCUAGCACUCUACUGUGGAGGUGGAUUAGCCGCAUCCGCUGCCACGCUCUCCAACCCCUCCAACGGUGCUUCGGGCGCGGUUGGUAGCACGCUCGGUUUCUUCGCUGCAGCCAACCCACACGCCACCUUCUCCCUCUAUUUCUUCCUACCGGUGCAGGCUUGGAUGGCCGUUGGCGGUUUGGUAGCUUGGGACGCCUACAACACCCUCACCUCCCCUUACUCCGUCGGAGCGCACAAGUCUAGGCUCUCAGGCACUCUCGCUGGUGUCGCCUUUGCCAUGUUUAGAAUGCGCGCUAUCGGCCCCCGUGUCCCUUGGCGGUGA